CCGCCCUUAGCCCAGCGUCACGUGACUUGACUUAGCAACCGUGCAGGCUUCUUUAGCAACGAGCCCCAAAACCGAGGCUGGGAGCAGCCAUCGCACAGUGUGGGAGCAGCACGGAGCGUCCGACCACAGAACGGUCCCAGGGAAGCCGUGACACUAAAGCAAGACAUGAAGAUCCCGUGUGAUGCUGGCCCUUAGUCCUUGUGCGCGGAGCACGAAUACACCUGGGGGCAUAGGACAGGUGCCCUGGGGCUCGAGAGGAGACGGAUUGUUUUUUCUUCAUUAACCUGGUGUUAAGAGAGCAGAAUAACUGAUGCCACAGGGGAACACCAAGAGAACAACGCAACGGGGAACUAAAGCUUCAGCCUAAAGGGGAGACCCUCCCCUCACAAACAGCAUCUCAGCUUGCCAAGCACUUGCCCAAACAGGAAGAUCUUGCGGUGCUUCCACUGUGUGGGCCUGAAGAGGGAAGGAGCUCCCAAGCUGAUUUCAAUAGGCCUGAAAAUGAGCCGGAUAUACGAUACCAUUGAGCCAAAUGUGAUCGAUCAAGAGAUGCUUCAAAAGGCUGUUGAGGAGCAAGGUCCUCAAGAAGAAGCAGGGCAGCUUGCCAAAAGGGAAGGCAUUGAUUUUAAGGAUGUCACAGAACUACAGCUUGAUUUUAGGAAUAUCCUGAAGAUUGAUAACCUCUGGCAGUUUGCAAAUCUGACUAAACUGCAGCUGGACAAUAACAUCAUUGAGAAGAUAGAGGCUCUGGAUAGUCUGGUUCAUCUUGUCUGGCUUGAUUUGUCCUUCAACAAUAUUGAAACCAUUGAAGGUCUCCAUGCUCUGGUUAAACUGCAGGACCUGAGCCUCUACAAUAACAGAAUAUCCAAGAUUGAGAACAUGGACAUGCUACAAGAAUUACAGAUCUUCUCCAUUGGAAACAACAAUCUAACCUCUUUGGAAAAUGUAGUCUACCUCAGGAAAUUCAGCAAGCUGCGCACGUUGAAUCUUGCCGGGAACCCUCUGUGUGACGACGAGCAGUAUUCGAUGUUUAUUGCUGCUCACCUCCCAGAUCUGGUGUACUUGGACUUCAGGCUUGUGGAUGAGAAUACACGAGAAGUUGCCGAAAUAAAAUAUCAGUAUGCUAUCGAUGAGCUGAAACAAGGUGAAGCUCAAGCCCUGGCUAAGCUGGAAGAGGAGCAGGCUAAGCAGAAAGAACUGGACUACCACAAGGCUGCUUAUGUCGAGUACCUCAAUGGACCCUUCUUGUUUGAGAGUAUGUAUGCAGAGGAUGCAGAAGCAAACAAGCUGGCUUACCUCCCCGGCAUGCCUGACCUGCUGGAGACAUACAGGAAUAAAUUUGAAUCGGUUUGCGAGAAAUUGUUUGCCUAUGGUCUGGAACAAUAUGAAAAGCGAGAAGCCGAAGUCUCAACUUUCUACAAAUGCCUUCAAGAAGCACUGGCAGCCAAUCAAGAGCAGGGCACAAAAAUAAUCCUGGAGUUUGAAAACCAGAACAUGGGGCUGCUGGAGGUGGUUCAGGACAUGAGUAGCUUUGACAUGGCUGAGACAAAGCUAGCUAAGUACAACGAUGACAUCAUUCAGUUGUCCGACACACUAAUGACGCUGGAAAUGCAGACUGUCGACCAGCUUGAGGAAAUUAUAAAGGAUUUUGAAAGAAACAUUGCUGACCUAGUGUCAACGUUUAUCGAAAACGUCCAAGGGAUGAUGGCCCAGUGCCGGGACCUUGAAAACCAUCAUCACGAGAAGCUGCUGGAGAUCUCCAUCAACACCUUGGAGAAAAUUGUCAAGAGCGAGUUUGAGGAGGAGAUACCCGAUGAUGUUCGGAUGCUCUUUGUGGACAAGGACACCAUUGUCAAUGCAGUCAACGCCUCCCACGACAUCCACCUCCUGAAGAUCGAUAAUAGGGAGGACGACAUAAUCACCAAGGCCAACAGCUGGCAGGCUGCAGUGAUAGAGGAGGUCCACAAGAACGAGAUUGCACGAAACCGAAGCCGUGUGAAGGAGAUCAACCAGUACAAAGACCACCUACAGGAGGAGCUUGACAACCUGGAGAGCCUGGAGCCUGUGGAGUAGCACUGGCUGUGCCAGGAACAGUGGCCAUACUGCAGGGACUUGGGCAGUGGUGACACAGUUCCCCUCGCAGGUGCGUCCCAGCCUCUCUGCCUGAAUGCCUGUACAUAGCCCUGAAAGUGGCCUGGGACUGUCCCCCACCCCACACACACACUUCUCCUCAAACAUGCAAAUAAAGAUACUACAUUUGAAGUG